GUCCCGCACGUUCCGCGACCCGCAGCGCCCAUCAGCCGUCUGCGAUGAGUUUAGUUUUGAAAACAAGAGGCUGGUCGCCGCUCGCAGGCCGCGCUCGCGUCUAAACGAAACCUCCGAGGCACAGUUAAAGCCCGGUGAUACGGAAGGCUGUGCCGUGCUCGUGUCUCGCGUGUGCCUCAUUUCGUCUGGUAUUUUCUCUCCUUUUUGGAAACAAAAAAAAAAACAACGUGACGAAAAAAAUGGACGCCCUUCGCGAGCAAGUGAUGAUCAAUCAGUUCGUGCUGGCCGCUGGUUGUGCCAGAGAGCAAGCGAAACAGUUGCUGCAGGCGGCACACUGGCAAUUCGAGACUGCCCUCAGUAUUUUCUUCCAAGAGGCUGCGAUACCUCCGUGCGCACAAGGACCUGGUACGCAUUUCGGCCAAAUAACGCCAUGCAACACACCGGCCACACCGCCAAAUUUCCCUGACGCGCUUCUCGCGUUCUCCAAAAUGUCCGCAGGAGAGAAAACUCCCUCGGGGAUGUCCCCGAGUCAGAAUGGAUUGCAUCAAAACUCGAUGCAAACGGGGACGACGGCACAGCAUCACGGUGGACGGUGUAGCGUGACCGGGAACGCGCAACAACAGACGCAGAAUCAACAACAAUUUGGCUUAGGCGAGCCGCAGAGAUAAAAGAAACUGGUCACUCGGCGGACUCCGUGCGCGUGAUCCCGAGGUCGCUAUGCGAUAUGCACGUUAACGGCGUUUAAAACGGGGAUGCGUAGGUUUCACGGAAAAAAUCGUAUGCUCCCCAAAAAGAGUUUACGCGUCUGUGGCGACACGAGCGAUUAUUACCCGAGAUUCGCACGCGCUCGUAUCCUCAUCCCCAAAAAGGACGUAUGCUUUCCUGAAAAGCGCGCGCGCACAUACAUACAUACACACACAAACACACAUACACAUCGUGGAAAAGUUAGGAUUUAUUUAGUGUGCGCGUGUGCCGAUAGAAAGAAGCGAUCUCCGUGAAAAAACGGUCCAUCGUAUCGAAACAAAGGUGUAUAUGGAUCUCUAGUAGCCGGUCACGACCCUCGAUUGUUUGUUAUUUCUUUGAUGGUGCAUCAAAUGUCAAAUCUUGUGAUCGACGAGCCUCUUGGACCUCUCGUAUACCUUUUUUCUUCCGUCGAUAUAUACGUGUAACGGGUAUGUCAGGGUGAUAUACGCAGAACGCGAGAGCAGAGGCUGCAAAGACUAUUAUUUUUAUUUUUUUUUUUUUGUUCUUCUCUCCUUUGAACGCGCUGGGACGGUAGUUCCUACAAUUAUGAAAGACAGCGAUACUCCUUUAGCGUUUAUAAAAGAAAACUUGCGAGAAGACGAGCUUCGGUGUAGACGGUUACUUUUUAAUGGGCUUUCUCGCAUGGCGACGAUGACUUAGAAAUUGUGGAGGUUCUCGGUAGAUGGUUUCUUGGUAAGAUGAUUAAUAGUUUAGCAGGCAUUGAAUGUUAAGGUUGAAUGUCUUGACUAACGUAAAGUACUACUCCAAAAUGAAUUUGUAGAGGUAGAGAGCUUCUGAAUUUCAAGUACUGUCACUGUGCGAAAGUGCAUUAUAAAGCGAGCGUUACAUCGAAGUGUCCCUCCUUGUUAGUAUGCGUCCAGAAUGCCGCUUGAUUGUAAAUGAGUAGCGAGAAGCCUCCUCCACCGUCCCGGGUAUCUUCCUCGUUGUUUCUCGAUCUACAGACUCGCGGCUAGAUAGGAAACAUUUGCGGUUUCGCACCGCGGAAGUCAAUGAGAAAUUUAAUACCACUUCCACACACCAUAGUACAAAAAAUUGCCGGCACUGGAUAGCGCUUAGCGAUGAUGAAGAUUAGUAUUUCUAAUUUUGUUACAGCAGAGCCCAGAGAUAUUGCGAUUGUAACACGAUAUUCUAUUUAAGGUCGAGUACGAAGCAGCCGAAAAACUCAAUGGAAUACUUGUUACCCUAUUUCUAAAAUAACGAUACAACUUGAUUUCAGAGAUUGAUAUGGAAUUCGAUAUUAUCGGUAUCGUUUUAUAACAAUAACAUCUAAAUCAGUGUUGAGCAUAACGUAAUACAUGAUUAUUGAUUACUAGUUUAACGGUAAACCGAGCUCUGAAUGAUUCCAAAUUACUGAUUAAUCUGACAAUGAAAUAAAAGUAAUCGCAAACUAACCACAACUCAACUUUGUUGUAGACAAAAGCAAAGUUAUUCGUGCGACGAAUAAAAAGAAGAAAGACAAGAGGCUAAUCAUUAGUAACCAUGAAACUAUCAGGAAUAUAAUGUAAAAAAAUUGUAAAAAGAAAUUUAUCGACUAUGUAAUGUCCAUUCGGUAUAUUUAUGUGAAAUUAUAUUGUUCGAGAAACUAUACAUUUUUUUUAGCCAUCAUUCACGAUAGAGAGAUGACUCGCUCGGAUGGUAUCCAGUGUAGGUCAUUUUUGUUUUCUACAGGGAAAAAUAAAGCAGUGGAGCCAUAUUAGCUAAGCUGUUUCAUCGUCAAUUGAAUUUACAAAAUACGAAUUACGAAUAAUGUUUUCGUACCGCCUGUUUUACGUGUGUACUUCUUGUACGGCAGCUUGUGUAAUUCACCCACUAUGUAUAAUUCAGUAUAGGAUACAAAUGGUUUCUCAUUCGGUUACCUUUGUUACAGUACGGCUAAUCGAUAACGUACAACCGAAGUAUAUAUUUUCAUUUCUCGCUCAAACGAUUGUUUUUUUCCACGACAACGUAUUUAAUCUCACAGCGCAUCUAUGAAUCAUAUUUAGUUUGAGAGACAGUGUGAAAGAAAAUAUUGUCAAUGAAUGAUAGUUAUCCAAUGAUGAAGCUUCGCUGUGAAAAUAUCUAUCGGAAAUUCAAUUAAUCGAUCACAAUCUUAUAAAUUGUUUGCCUGCAAUUUGUAAUCGUAGCCUCGAGAGAUGCAGUCAAGGGACACCGAUCAACUAUAACCUAAUUUUCACAGAUGGAAUAGUUCAAAUAUUCAAAUUUCGGCUGCAGCUUCAUCACUAUGUAUUCAUUUAUGUAAAUACGACAGAAAUUACGAUCAUACAGAAUUUAGUAUGACGAAGUGUUUUUCUGUAAGGUGUACGCUUUAAUAUCUUCCUUGUGUUUGUAACGUAUGGAUCAGUGUUCCGUAAUCUCUUUAUUGCAAGAUAUAGUUUACGUGCUAUACUUUGUUGUUGUGACCUGAUUGUAAAAUGUGUAAAUGUACUAAAAUAAUAUUGGCGUGAUACGAUAUUUUUUUUUAAAUAUUUUUCGUUUGCCCAUAGGGACAUGAAAAUUUCGGAACACUGGUCUUAACUAUUAUGAAAAUACUAUUACGUUAAAACUCAUUAUUAUUAUUAUUAUUAUUAUUAUAAUAUUAUUAUUGUUUAUUUGACUAUCAAUAAUAAUAAAUAAUGUUCAUGUACAUAAUUCUGAAAAAAUAAUCUAAAUAAAACAUUAAUAAUGGUGCUUUCAUA